AUGGAUGAUGUACUUGGGAAUGAUCAACAGCCCGGGUGCACGUCACGACGCUUGCGUCGCUCCUUGCCCCGCCUCCUACCGGGGCCGCGGGAGGCGGGGCGGCACGAGAGCGCAUUUUGGAGCCGGCCCCGCCGCUUUACGUUUCGCGGGAGCUUUGUGGUGCCGGAGCUGCGUGAGGCGUGUGUAGGCUCCUUUUUGCGUCUGCAUCUGGUCCCCGCGCUCCUCUCGGGCGUCCGCCCGCCCGCCGGCGUCCUGGCUGCCCGGGCCGUGGCUGUCCGGGUCGUGGCCUGGCUGCUCCUCGGGGCGGCUGGGCUCACCCAAACGCUUGCCGCCAACUCCUCUGACGCCCCCUUCGGUGCUGGCAUAAGGGCCACUUGUUCUGAAAUUAUUUUAAGGCAAGAAGUUUUGAAAGAUGGUUUCCACAGAGACCUUUUAAUAAAAGUGAAAUUUGGAGAAAGCAUUGAGGACUUACAGACCUGCAGACUCUUAAUUAAACACUAUAUCCCAACAGGACUUUUUGUGGAUCCUUAUGAGUUGGCUUCAUUACGAGAGAGAAACAUAACAGAGGCAGUGAUGAUUUCAGAAAACUUUAAUAUAGAAGCCCCAAACUAUUUGUCCAAGGAAUCUGAAAUUCUCAUUUACGCCAGACAAGAUGCACAGUGCAUUGAUUGUUUCCAAGCCUUUUUGCCUGUGCACUAUCGUUAUCACCGGCCACAUAGUAAAGAUGAAGAAACAUUUGUUAUAGUCAACAACCCAGAUUUAUUGAUGUAUUGUGACCAAGAGUUCCCGAUUUUGAGGUGCUGGGCUCAGUCACAAGUGGCAGCUCCUUGUGCUUUGAAGAGUAAGGAUAUAUGCCAGUGGAACAACAUGAAGUAUAAAUCAAUAUAUAAGAAUGUGACUCUACAAGUUCCAGUGGGACUGACUAUACAUACCUCUUUAGUAUGUUCUGUGACUCUGCUCAUUACAAUCCUGUGUUCUACUUUGAUUCUUGUAGCUGUUUUCAAAUAUGGUCAUUUUUCUUUGUAAAUUUUAUGCAGUUUAAUGUUUUCUAUAAACCAAAAAAGAUAUGUUAAUGUGACUAGAGGUGUUCUUCCAGAAUUAACUCAUUGCUUUAUUAUUUUUUUCUUUUUUUGAGGCAACAACAGAGGUAGUCAUUAUUAAAAGAACUGAAAUAAAUCUCCCAAGUCAUAUAUCUGAGGAACUGCAUAAUUAAAAAAUAAUGGCCAAUAUUUCUAGAGGUCAUUAUAUGUCAAAAACACUUCUGUAUUAGGUACUUCAUCUUCUUUCACUCAUAAUAGCUCUAGAAUUCAGGUACUAUGACUGCCUAUAUUUUAUAGGUAACAUGAUCAGAGUUCACCAUAUAGACUGCCCAAGGUCACACUUGAACUCAAUGGAAAAUCAUGGAUGCAAAUUCAAACAAUUUGAACAGCUUACUCAAGAAGAGAAAGAUGAAAAACAAGACACUACCCCAGAAAACCUUGGGAUGAGAUUAUAAUCAAAAACUAUUUUCAAUAAUAUAUGGUAAUUAUGAACAUUUAGAAAAGCUAAUGUACAGUGGAGCCCAACAAUCAUUACAUAAUCAAGACCUAUUUUAGGAAGAUUAGGAAAAUGGCAUCUGGAGGGUGUCAGAGAGACUUGAGUGCUGAAGUGGGAAAAGGAUGUGUUGGGGUGAAUCCACAUACUUCCUGAUGAUAAGAAUAUACAUUGAAAUUGAUGAAAGUGUUACUAUUUGAAAUAAAGACAUUUUCUUCAUUUUCUUUUAAGAUA